AUGUGGGACAACGACAUUAGUACAAAAGCAAAGAUUGGUGAUUACAGUUUCAAUAUUAGCACAUCUGAGUUGGUAGCCAUUUUAAGAAGUAUGGGAGAUAAUGUGCGGUGGCCAAAAGAAAUGACAUUGCACCCUAGCAGAAAAGACCCAGAUUUCUGGUGCGAGUUUCAUAAUGAUCACGAUCACAAAACAGCAGAGUGCAGAUUGCUACAAGGUGAAAUAGAGCAUUUGUUAAAACAAGGUUAUUUAACCAAUUUGUUUAGAGAGAAGGGUAAGCAAUCGUAUAUGAAGAAUAGGCAGGAGCCACCAAAACCUUUGUCACCAAAAAUAAUGGUUAAUGUGAUAAGCGGAAGAGAGGAGGUCAACGAUGUAACGUAUACAGUUGUAAAAAAGAUGUCAAAAGUCACAGUUACCCAAGGAAAGCGAAUUCGCCAAGUUUUGGAAGAAGACAACAUAAUGUUUGAUGAUGCAUAUGUAGAUGUAGAUGGCAUGAUGAUCCCAUACAAUGAUGCACUGGUUAUUAAGUUCCCUUCAAAAUGGGGAAUUAGACAAAUCCGUGGUGAUCAACAAGCCUCUAGACGUAUCAAUUCAGUGGUAGAUUCAAGCAUAAAGAACGAUGUUACAGACAAAAUAUAG